AUGGCGCAACAAGACACUGCAGGUAGUCCGUCUGCAAAGCGCCGCAAGCUAAAUGCAAAUGCACCAGAAAAGGAAAUAGCGACUACCAAGAUCCAAACAAGCCUCACCAAGCGUCUCGAUAGGCCGAUUAGCCCACCACUAAUCCAACGUCGAAGUCCUGAACCUUCACCUUCGUUUGUGCCCACUUGGAAUUUCGAUGACGUACCGAAACAAAUAUUAGUCUCGCGUCCAGCACAAACGCCUACAGGUCUGGAACAACUUGCGAAAGAGAAAGACGAAGAUAAGGGGACAAGGUUCAUUCCGUCACCAAUACAGCUCACGAGGAUUGAGAAGUUAUCUGAUCACCAGAAUGUUGAUACAGUGGGUUUGGCUGACCUGUUGGGCGAUCCCCUGAUCAAGGAGUGCUGGAACUUCAACUUUUUGUUCGACCUGGACUUUGUCAUGCAGCACUUGGACAGAGAUGUACGGGACAUGGUGAAGGUCAAGAUUGUACAUGGCUUCUGGAAGAGGGAUGAUGCAAACCGAAUAUCGUUGCUGGAAACAGCAGAGCGGUAUCCCAACAUCGAGCUGCUGAGUGCUUACAUACCUGAUCCCUUCGGUACUCAUCAUUCUAAGAUGCUCAUCCUAUUCCGGCACGAUGAUACAGCACAGGUUGUCAUCCACACAGCCAACAUGAUCCACCGCGACUGGGCGAACAUGACACAAGCCGUAUGGGCAUCCCCUCAACUCCCAAUGCUGUCUCAGGCAUCGCAGUCUCUAUCGGAUUCUGACAAGACUUAUCCAAUUGGAAGCGGCCAGCGUUUCAAGUCUGACUUACUCCGAUAUAUCGGUGCGUACGAAAAACGACUGAAGGGUUUGGCUGCACAACUCGGAGACUACGACUUUUCGAGCAUCAGGGCGGCUUUCAUAGGAAGCGCGCCAUCACGACAGAAGCCAGAAAGAGCCGUUUCAUCGAAUAAUUCCUUUGGAUGGCUGGGACUGAAGGAAAUACUCUCGACCGUUCCCAUCUCCAAAGCAAGAGCAUCCUCGCCUCCUCACAUCGUUGCACAGGUUUCCUCUAUCGCAACACUAGGCGCAGCACCCACAUGGUUAUCCAAUUUCCAAUCUGUGCUUUCCAGCCACUCCAAAGCUACAGUUUCAGUCCCAGAGAAUGCCACGGUGUCCUCCACGAAAGCCUCCACCUUCACAAAACGCGAUACCAGCGUUACAAAAGCGCCGUCUCCCAAAUUCAGCAUCAUCUUCCCAACUCCAGAAGAAAUACGAAAUUCUCUCAACGGAUAUGGCUCAGGCGGUUCGAUACACUGGAAACUGCAGUCAGCUCAACAGCAGAAACAGCUAGAGUAUAUGCACCCAAUGCUCUGUCACUGGACGUCUACGCCUUCAGCUUCAGCUUCAUCCUUAACAAACGUUUCCAAGCAAGAGGCUCACCGCGGCCCAGCUGCACCCCACAUCAAGACUUACAUACGCUUCAGCGAUGAAGAGCAAAAGGCAAUCGACUGGGCAAUGUUGACGAGCGCAAACUUCAGCAAGCAAGCAUGGGGUGAUACAGUCAACAAGAAGGAAGAGAUUUGGAUUCAGUCGUGGGAAACAGGUGUAGUGGUGUGGCCUGCUUUGUUUGCUGAGACGGCGAAGGGGGUGAAUGAGGUGAGUAUGGUACCGGUGUUUGGGAAGGAUAUGCCCAAGGUUGAAGAUGCACGUGUGAAUACAAAGGGAAAAGAGGUAGGAGAAACGAGGAUAAAGACGACUGUUGGUCUUCGUAUGCCGUACGAUUUACCACUCAAGCCCUACACUGCGGAUGAGAAGCCUUGGUGUGCGACCAUGGCGUAUACAGAGCCGGAUCGAAACGGUCACUUUUGGCCUGGGUAUGGACGUUGA